CUUCCCCUCCUCUCCUCUUCCGCCUCGCCGCUCGCCUCCGCUGUUCCUUCUCGGCGGCGGCCGGGGGAGGCAGAGAUGAAGGGCGGUGGCGCGGCGGGGGCGGCCCCGGGGGACUACGUCUACUUCAAGUCCGUCGUCCCGCUCCACAAGAUCUCGAUUGGGCCGAAAUUGUGGCGGUAUUAUGAUUUUGGACCCAAGGCUGUUCCACCUCUUGUCUGCAUUCCCGGAAUUGCAGGAACAGCUGAUGUGUACUACAAACAGAUCAUGUCCCUCUCCAUGAAGGGUUAUCGAGUGAUUUCAAUCGAUGUGCCUCAAGUUUGGAAUCACCUUGAAUGGAUUCAUUCAUUUGAAAAAUUUUUGGAUUCCAUGAAUAUCCAUCAUGUUCAUAUUUAUGGUACAUCUCUUGGUGGAUUUCUUGCACAAAUAUUUGCUCAACACCGUCCAAGGAGAGUAAAGUCUUUGGUCCUAUCAAAUACUUUUCUUGAGACACAUAAGUUUGCUGCUGCUACGCCAUGGUCUCCUGUCGUUAAUUGGACCCCUUCUUUUUUGCUGAAGAGGUACUUAUUGUCUGGAAUCCGAGAUGGGCCUCAUGAACCAUUCAUUGCUGACUCAGUCGAUUUUGUUGUGAGUCAGGUGGAGACAUUGUCAAGAGAUGAUCUCUCUUCAAGGUUGAUGUUAAAUGUUAAUGUUGCAUCAGUUGGAUCAUUAAUGCUACCUGAUUCACUCAUCACUAUAAUGGAUACAAACGACUACUCUGCUGUUCCUCAGCAGUUAAAGGACCAAGUGAAUGAAAGAUACCCAGGUGCAAGGCGUGCAGUACUAAAGUCUGGUGGAGAUUUUCCCUUCCUGUCACGUCCAGAUGAGGUUAAUUUGUAUCUUCAGCUACAUUUGAGGCGAGUUGGAGUAGAACCUAGGCCAGAGCUUGUUCAAGGCUUCACACAUAAUGGCAGUGCUGGGAGCUCAAAGGAUAAAAAAGAUGGAGGAAACAACUUUGAUGGUCAUCCUGGCGACAAUGGAGACCCUAGGUCAGGGGGUCAUGAUCAUGAGACACAGAAUUCUGGAUCAGAAUCACAUGAUUCUGAUGAAUCAAUACCAACGAGCACAAUGCUUUCCAAUACCAUUCUAGGUACAGUCAGGUCAACCAUGCAAGCUUCACUAUGUGCCCUCUUGAUACAUCAUUACUAUGCGGCUGCUUUGUAUAUUUCAUCAAGACAGGUAUUGGACGUAUGAAGUAGGAAAUCACCUCUUUUGCCCCUAUGUAGAACUCGCUUUGUAGAAUAUCAUCAUGGCAUGAUUGUCAUAACUGCUUUGGAGUGGGUUCUAGCUUCGUCGCUGCCAACGGGAAAAGGCACAUCAACAACCAGAGAUCAAAUUUUGUAUGUUUGUAUAUUAUCUCUUGUUUCUUCGUUAGACCCUUUUUGUGUUUCUAGGCCUGUAAAUUGAAUUUGAUUUUCCUGAGACAUCAUUACGAUUGCUCAAUUUUCUUGUAGUUGCACCAUAAAAGGUUGUGUACA